UCGUUCGUACUCGUUUAACCAUUUUGUACGAAGAUUGGUCGAUAAAUACAGCGUACAUCGGUGCUUUACGUUUGUUGUGUUUUUGGUUUUUGAUGAUUAUAGAUGGGAACUCUGGGAGGGAACUAUCUUUACUAGGACGAUAACUACGACAGUUUAGACGGUGUUACAAGACAUUAGACUAUUCCGUUGCGGGCAAGUUGUUGAGAUUCAUUGAAUUGUCUUCGAGGUUUUAAAACACCCACUUUUGUUUUAAAAACCCCGAUACCAUGCUUCCUGUCGUGGGACCAUCAGCUGCAACUGCUAAGACGACACUCUCGCCGUUCCAAGAGGAAAAGUUCAUAUUCUUCUUUGAACAUUUUGACAUCAACAAAGAUGGUUUCAUAGACGAUGAUGACAUCAAUGCUUUAUUAAAGAAAAUUAUGGAAUACACCCAAUGGGCGGAGACAAGCUCACUUGCUGGGUUUUGCAAGGAAUUCCACGGCACCUUCCUCAAGACCAUGAUAGAGAAGAAAGGUUCCUUACUGAAACCAGAUGGAGAGACACUGGAGGAAGAGAUAGCACGGAUAGCCAAACUUUCCAACAAAAUUAGCCAAGAAGAAUGGUUAGCCAUGUGGGAGCACAUGAUCCGUGGUUGUAUGGGCAUGCAAGACUUCCCGGUCUGGCUGCAGCUUCUCCCAAAGAUCCUUUUCGACAUUGUCGAUUUCAAAAGUGAUGCCAAAAUUGAUGUUGAGGAGCUCGAGGAAUUCUACUCUGGCUUUAUGGGAAUCAAGGAUAGGGACACUAAGGAGUUGGCCACAUAUGCACAUGGUCAAAUGACAGACAGAGACACGUACGUCCUUGACAUUGCAACCUACAACCAGGUGUUCUCAAACUUCAUCUUGGCUAAGCAUUCCUGCUAUGGACCAGGCAGGUUCAUCUUUGGGACAUUCGACAGUGCCUCCGAACACACCAGCAUCCGGAUCAUACCAACCAGAGAAGAUGACGAUCCAGAUACUGGACGCCGCGACUCGGGAUCAAACAGACGGUUCAGCAAGACAGCUCAUCCUGUUGUCUACAAGCGAUACUGGAAGAAUUAGAUGAUAAUAGACUAUUUCUGUACUGGUGCUUGGAUUUAAAAAAAAUUCUGUUUGAAGUUCACUAAGUACGCCAAGGUGGUUCAAUUAUAGCCUGGGUCUAGCCUCUAUGUGUAUUACCAAGUAUUCUACACUGUAGUGGCUAUAAUUGUACUGGCUCUAGAAUUGUACCACUCUACCUUAUAUGCAAAGUGAAGAGACAAGAUGAGACUAGUGGCUAUAAUUGUACUGGGGCUACAAUUUGAUGCUGGAUUGACAUUUUCUUUUAAAAUUUAUUCAACUCAGAAACAUGCAAAAUUACAAAGGACACACAGUCAUGAUUAAUGCCUGGCUAGAUAAGACUACAGCUAUUAGCACAGUUGGCUGAUAGAGCCAACACUACUCAGGGUAUAUACUCAGGCAGCCGAAGAUUUUUAAAAAAUGGGCAAUACAUUAAUGACCUACAUGUAUGCGGCAUAAUUUUUAGAACAUGAAUUGAAACAUCUGACAUGUGUUAUCUGAGCAUUGUAUUUACAUCGAUUAAUCAGUGUACAAUGUAUUUGAAUGAAUUUAAAAUAUGCUGCCCACUCUCUCAGCAUCAGCAA